AACCCAGAAAUCAAGAAGAAAUAACCGCUUAAUCAUCAAAAAUUUUGAAUGUGCAAUAUAUAUCAAUAAUAUACACUUGAAAUUAGAGAAAAUAUGUUUCUGGCAUUAACAUUAUUGGAACUAAACAAACUUGAAAGGGAAAGCUCAAAGUGGAGGAAGCUGUCCUGAGGCUCGGUUUGUGUGUGUGCGUGUCCCUUCUUGACCAGGGUUUUUCAACCACACACUUUCAAAUCUUUAUUCUUCCGUCCACAUGGCCCUCACUCCAGUGUGCAGAUGAAGCAGCUGAGUGGCUGAGUGAAGAUGAACGGCUUGAGCACAGAAGAGGAUUCAGGAUCACAGCAUGAUCAAGUAUGCUGUUUGGUUGAUGCGGGUGAACGUUGCACCCAGCUGGCAGGGAACGCCGCCUAUAACAAGAGGAUACAGAAAACUGUUGCACAGAGGAAGCUUCGCCUGCACAUGGACACUGCUCAGUCCAGCCAUAAUUACAUCUGCGAGUACCACAAAGGUGUCAUCCAGAGUGUGCGAGUGAAACGGAAAAGGAGAGAUUCAGAAGAAGACUUUGGAGACUUUGAUGGAGACCAUCCAGAAGUGGAGCUUUAUAAUUUACAGGUGAACACAUUGAGGAGGUACAAACGACACUACAAGAUACCAACAAGGCCAGGGUUGAAUAAGGCUCAACUAGUGGAUAUCCUCAUGAAGCACUUCCGAACAGUGCCAGUAGUGGAGAAGGAGUGCCUCACCUAUUUCAUCUACAUGAUCAAGGCCAACCGAUCCAAGUUUGACCAGAGGAAUGGGUCAAAUAUUGAUACCUGACCAGCACUAUAAAAGUCUUCACUGGUAACAAUCAUUUACAUACUUGCAGUGAUCAGUGAUGUAUUUUUUUCCUUAUAGGAUGUGCAAUGAGGUUUUCCACUUAUAUAAUUUAGAACCAAACCCUUCUUUUGCAAGGGAAAGAAUUGCUUUAAUAUUCAUAGUGGGAUGGAUCUUCUGUUCCUCUCAGUGUAACUUGUCUGUGAAAAAUGCUUGAGCGACUGUAAAGAGAGAACAGAAUAUGCCUUGACAAGAGCAUUUCAACCAUAUGUUUGAUCCUAUAGGCAAGCUCAGGCAUAAGUUUAUAGGUGACACUUAGUUAGAAAGACAUUUUAAUGUUUUAAUUAUUUAUUUUUACUUAAAUAUUUAUUGAUACUUUUAUUUUUUUAUUCUGAAGAAAAUUUCUCAGUACCCUACAUUCAGUGAUGGCUAAAUACAAAUUGCACACUAUCUAUUUGCUUUUAAUUAUGAGAAGCAAUGAGAGAUUCCAUCAGUAUAUUUAGUGGCAGAAAAGCUAUUCUUUAAAGUCUUCAUUAGUCAGGUUGUAAUUUAGUUUUAAUUUUUUGUUCAUUAUCAUCAUAUCAUCCUCAUUAAUUUAAUUCUUAACCCCCAUUUCCGUAGAUAAAAACUAGAUGCAAGGUCUGUUGCUUACUGCUUCAAUAAAUUGUCUCAUAAAAUUGACUUACUGUCAUUCCAUUUAAACAUUUCAAGAUUUUAUUAGGCCAUCUACAGCUUUAAAUAUUUCUCAGUUUAAUUUUGAUGUCAUUAGUUAUUGAAAGUUUCUCUCUGCUCACAUUUUUUUUAAUUGAGAUGCUCUGUAAAGAAGUGAGGCAUGCAGCACAGAUUAAAAUUGAGACUGCACUUCCAUUGAAUUGGAGAGAAUUGUGUGUGUGAUUGAGACAUUUUGUUUAAAAAAAAAAAAAAAAAAAAAACAGAAAAGUCUGUAAAGCCAUGUUUGUUAUGGUAAAUAUAUUAAAAGUUAUGGAAUGCUGUCAUUGCUUGGAGCUAUGUUAUGAGGCAACAUCUUAAGGGAGGAUUAUUGUAAAUGAGCACAGAGAUGCAAUAUCCAAUCAGCACGCUCCUUAGUAUCAAACCUUUCUGCAGUGCACACAUUGGAUUCUGUGUUUCUUCCCCUUUCAUACAAUUGACUUUACAUAACUAGUAAUUAUCUGAUUCCUGUCUUUGCCUUCACCUCAUUUUUUGUUGUUAGGAAACAACCAAAGAACAAAGAAGAAUGACAUUAAGACUUUAAACCUUACUGACAGGGAACACCUUAUACACACAAGAAAAGCAAGUUCAUCCUUAGGUUUGGGUCGCUUUACAUGCAGAUGAGAGAUGGACAUAUUACUCAGAUAAUUUGUGGCACAGGUAACUGUGGUGGUUAUAAGGGUAUAGCUACAGUCUUAUCUUAAGUCUGAGUUUGAAUCCCUAGAAUUCUCUCUCUCUCUCUCUCUCUCUCUCUCUCUCUCUCUCUCUCUCUCUCUCUCUCUCUCUCUCUCUCUCUCUCUCUCUCUCUCUCUCUUACAUUUUUUCUAUAUUCCUCAUUAUCUAUGAGCUAAAUUUUAAAGCCUUUUGUUAGUGUACCAGAUUGGUGGUGUUGAGUGGUGGUUAAAAUAAACAAUAUCAUUACAAAGAGAAACCUACCAGAAAAGCCACAAAUGUGUAAAUUUUGUACACUGAGUGUGAUGAAGGGUUAAAUUCCAAAAUCUCAGAACAGCAUUCAAUGCAAUUGUUUGAUCAACAAAUUUUUCCUCAUUUUAUUUUGCAAAAUAUGUCAAGGGUCAGAAUUAAUAUUCCUGGUGGUUUUCAGGAGAGGUUAUUCAUGGAAAUAAUGUUCAUGUUUAAUUGAAAAUUUUUUCAUAUUUUACCUCCCUGGGGUGAAUUAUACUAGUGAUAUAAAUUUAAGAUAUUUUACUAUCUUGGCUAAAAUCAUCUUUGUGGCUGCAACUACAUGUAAUAAGUAUGCAUUUUCAGGAUAUGUUCUCUGAUCAAAACUUAAUAGUAGUAAGAAAAAUGAUACACAAAUUGUAAGUAAUGAACAUAGUUAUAGGUGAAGAGGGCAAAGAUGACCAGAAGGACUAUCUUAACAUUUAUCUUGGGAUUCAGUUUUGUAGGAGACACAGCUGUGGUUUUGUAAAGUGAGUGUUUCUGGUUAGAAAAACUGUUAACCCAUAUAUUUACUCAUUGAAUCUUAUUUGAACAUAAUAUAUAAUACUGGAAUGAAUAGUAAUAUUUUUUUUGUAUCCCAAUCUUUUUUUUUGCAGUAUGGGAACGGCUCUGAAUUUUUUUCCUCAUUAUUCUCUGCUUGUGGAGUUUUCUCACCCACACCAUAAUCAUUUAAGUCCAAGAAUAACAUUCAUCCAUUUUAGAAUAUGGCUGCAAAAGUCAUUUAGGAAAGAACCAAGAUCUUAAAAAUUUAGCAUAGAAAGCAAUCUUUUCCAUAACUUGCUUGAAAAUAUAUUUGAGGAAACAGUGAGACCCUCCUUAUGCACAGCAGAAAAGCCAUUGUUGACAUGCAGGCAUUGAAAGUUAUGUUUUACUUCUGCUAGAAGGAAAGGUUUAGUAUUCUCUUGGAAAUUGCACAAAUGAUUUUAGGGUUUGAUAAAGCAACAUUCAGUUAUGUUAUUAACAUAUGCAAUGAACAUUUCAAGGCUCGUGAAUUCUCACCAAUAGUGAUUUUUUUUUUUUAGAAGGGUGGUAAUAGUAAUAGCCUUAUAUUUGUAGACAUUAGGUGUUCUGAUGACUAAAGCAAUUUUCAAAAAUGAUGCAACUUGCCAGUUGCCAUACCAGUCAACCAACUGAGGAAUGGCUUGAUGACCAUGCUAUCAAUUGCUUGUAGGAUUGAUUGACAAACAACAUGACCUUGACCCAGCAGAAAACACGAUGUAAGCACCAAAUUGAGCAGUGUUGCAUAAAAUGAGGGAGAAAGAUGCCAUUGGUAACAAUAGUGACCUCUCUCUGACUUCAUACUGAAUUGAACAUGAGCUUUGCCAUGCAUAUAGCCUGUGUACUGGCUCAUAUUCAAUCAAAUUGUGAGUCACAAAGCAAGCAAUACCACUCUGGUGCUGGCAACCCAGACAUAGGCUAACAACUAUUUUCCAUUAUAGAUUUUUUUUAUGCCUUUUGGUAAAAUUUGCAAUUUAGGGAACUGAUUUUCAGUAUAAAUUCUUGACCAUGUUGAUCAGACUUUAAUCUCAAUUUGACUUGAUUGCUGUGAAAAUAUCUGACAGACAGAUAUCUAGCAUUCUUAGUAAUGUGGAUAUGAUCUUUAAGAGCAAAAAAAAAGAAGAAGAAACACAAGUAUGUACCCUUUCCAAACUGAUGGAAUCACCAACCAGUACAGAAAAAUCUUAGUGGUGAUGAGUUACAUAAACAUGUAGAAUGUUCUUAGAAAAUAGAAAAAAGAAUAACAAAUGUUGAAAGAAAUGCAAGCACAUUUUUUGUUACUUAAGUGAAAACAAAUUAGUAAUAUUUCUCCAGUGUAUUUGUAAGUAUCUAAUACCUGACACACACCAUCUACAUUGAUUAACCCUUAACCAAUGACACUACUAUAGAAAGACAGUCCAGAAGUUAGCAAAAAAUUGUAGUGACACAAUAUGUAGGUUCUCCUCCCUGUAUUUCCCAGCAUAGAUUAUACAUAGUCAGUGAUGUAUGAGUGCACAAGAGCCUUAAAUAUGCUUUAUUGGCAAAUAAUGAGUGGUAGGCCAUCAAAUGGCUGUUGACAUGUUCACUGUUCAAUAAGUCAACACCACAUUUUGCACCAGUAGGCUGCAAUGUCUUUUGCCUCCUGUUAACCUUAAUAAUCUAAAUGUAGACAAUGACAACUUACAGAUCUACAUUACUUAUUAAUUAUAGACAGUGGCCACAUGUAGAUUUGUUUUGUUUUACUGAGCAUAUAGAGAUAAUUCCAUAUUGCAGUAGUCUGUCCUACGUAAUGUGGUCCAACAAAAUUUAUGCUGCAGUCCUAAAGGUUUCAGCAUCUUUGUGAAGGCAAUUUUGAAACUUCAGCUUCAUCUAAAGAUUAAAAAUCAAACUAUUAUUCCACAAGUAUGGUAAAAA